UGUUUUUCAACAUCGACGCCGGCCGUCGUGGCCAGACCUGGCACCUCCAGGGCAGAGCCGCCGAGUUCUGCGACUUUCUCUCUUUUGAAGACUUCUACGUAGACCCCAACAUUACGUUCACAACGGAGGAGUCAUGACCCUUCUGGAGCAUGCCCCGAACCAGGUCCGCCCAAACGCCAACGGCGCCGUGCCAGCCCACAUCCUCCAGAGGGUCCCCAGCUCGCUCAUCAAACCUGAGGCGUCCCGAGGCAGACCAGUCGAGCUGUGCGACUUCCUCCUGCGGUAUGGCGCCAGACCCCCUCAACUCAACUGGCGCAAGGGCAUCUGCAUCGCCCACAGCAUCCCGCGCGGCGUCCUGCACUGCCUCGUCCAGGGCGGUGACAGCGCCGCCCAGGCAGCUCGCAUGAUCCUAGAGCAUCCAGACCCCCUGGCUCGGCGGCCACAUCCGCGCCACGGCUUGCCGGAGACAGGAUGUGUCGCCCGUCAUUGUCAGAGUUCGAUUCCGGCACUCGAUAUACGACACGAUCAUCAACAAGUCAAGGCUGUGUUGUUUGUCGUGCUGGAUGGCUGUCCGUCCUGCGGCUUUGCCUCGUUCGCCUGGUCACCUCUCCCCCCAUCCUCCCACUGCCGCCUGUCAUCACACAUCCCACCAGCAUCUACCGGUUAUGAGCCCGGGCGUGCGGAUACUCGGCAGCGACAGCAAUGGCACGACUUCCACUUCAGCAUUAUGUACGACCUGGUUUCGGCCCGGCCUCUACAGAAUCUCAGCAGAUGGGUGCUGACCAGCACGACCCGUAUCAGCCUUGGCUCCUCACAUCUUGCACUGGAGCAAAGCUGCCAGGUCAGUCACCCAUCUGCUUGGGAACUCGUGGGAGUCAAUGUGCGUGCCGGGAUGACGUGGUGAGGAGGUCAUUGUGAUGCUGCCGCUGCCUGAGUCGAGGGUGGCAUGGUCAGGUCGGGCUUGGUUCUGCCUCUUGGACUGGACCGGCGUUGCCCC